AUGAAGUACCUCACUGUAUUUUCCGCUCUGGCAGCAACAAUAAUGGCACUACCGGCACCACCAACAUCUCACGGCACCACCGAAUGGACACCAGCAAUGGCCGGCUACUUUGACAUUGUCUACAAGCAUAUCCAGGAAGCCAGGCGGAAUGGUGGUCGACCACCCACCUGUGAUCUCUCCAAAGCCGCACUACCAGUGGCACCCACACCUCUACCCAUCCUCGACAGCUAUGUCCUCGAGCACGUUGCCAUCGGCCGAGGUACCCAGAACUAUACAUGUGCCAACACCACCGCCACACCAGCCGCCGCCGGUGCCGUUGCACGGUUCUACAACGCCUCAUGCCUCGCCGCAGACUUCCCCGACCUAGUCGGAAUGGCAACUAACAUCGCCUAUGAACGCCCACUCCCCGAGGAUCCACUGGCUCCUCUAGAGCCCACCAACCUGGAACUAUCAACUCAUCACUUCUUCUCCAACGGCACCACCCCUGUCUUUGCCUUCGAUGCUCCCAACUCUCCAGCGCUGGGCCGGGUCUUCACACAGAAGGUCAACGAGUCCGUUGCCCCCGCUACCUCCAUCAAGAACGAAAAUGGCGUUGUCCCUUGGCUAUAUCUGACUUCCCGCUCAAGCACGGAGGGCGACAUCAAGGCUGUCUACAGAGUAAACACUGCCGGUGGUUCGCCUCCCGCUACCUGCAAGGACCAGCCAGCCUCCUUCACCGUCGACUAUGCUGCCGUCUACUGGUUCUACAAGUAA